GAAUGUCAAUCGAUAUGGUUACCAGAAUACUUCCGCUUUGCGAGGUUCUCACUCAGCUGAGCAGACUCCCUCAAACAGAGAGCGCAACGGAACAGACAGUCGAGAGGGAAAGGAAGCGAGCACAGAAGAAGGGGGCUAGAAUCCAUACCUGAAUUGUUGUGGUUUACUUGAGGGUGCUGAGCACUCACAUCCAUCAACAAGAUGGGAGAACUCUUCAGAAGUGAAGAAAUGACGCUGGCUCAGCUCUUCCUCCAGUCCGAAGCUGCCUACUGUUCUGUCAGUGAACUUGGGGAGAUUGGGAUGGUGCAGUUUCGUGAUUUAAAUCCUGACGUGAAUGUGUUCCAGCGGAAAUUUGUAAAUGAAGUACGACGAUGUGAGGAGAUGGAUCGUAAAUUAAGAUUUGUGGAAAAAGAAAUUAAAAAAGCCAACAUCCCUGUAGUUGAUACAGGAGAGAACCCUGAAGUCCCUUUUCCAAGAGACAUGAUUGACCUGGAGGCCACAUUUGAGAAGCUUGAGAAUGAACUGAAGGAAAUAAACACAAACCAAGAGGCUCUAAAGAAGAACUUCCUGGAAUUGACUGAGCUCAAGCACAUUUUGCGUCGUACGCAGCAAUUUUUUGAUGAGAUGGAGGAUCCCACUUUACUUGAGGAGUCAUCUACUCUCAUGGAUCCCAAUGACCCCAACAGAGGGGCUCCACUCAGACUAGGAUUUGUGGCUGGAGUCAUUGGCAGGGAGCGUAUUCCCACAUUUGAGAGGAUGUUGUGGAGAGUUUGCAGAGGAAACGUGUUCCUGCGGCAGGCUGAUAUUGAAGAUCCUCUAGAGGACCCAACAACAGGCGACCAGGUCCACAAGUCUGUCUUCAUCAUAUUUUUCCAAGGAGAUCAGCUGAAGAACAGAGUUAAGAAAAUCUGUGAGGGGUUCAGGGCAACAUUGUACCCCUGUCCAGAAACCCCCCAGGAGAGGAAAGAGAUGCUGGCAGGAGUGAAUGCUCGCAUUGAUGACCUGCAGAUGGUAUUAAACCAGACUGAGGAUCAUAGGCAGAGGGUCCUGCAGGCUGCAGCCAAGACGGUCAGAGUGUGGUUCAUCAAGGUGAGGAAGAUGAAGGCCAUCUACCACACACUCAACCUCUGCAACAUAGAUGUGACCCAGAAGUGUCUGAUUGCUGAGGUGUGGUGCCCUGUCGCCGACUUGGACUCUAUUCAGUUUGCACUGCGAAGGGGGACGGAGAAGAGCGGCUCCACUGUGCCUUCCAUCCUCAACAGAAUGCAGACCAAACAGACCCCACCUACAUACAAUAAGACAAACAAGUUCACUUCAGGCUUCCAAAACAUUGUGGAUGCUUAUGGAAUUAGCAGCUAUCGUGAGAUGAACCCAGCACCAUACACCAUCAUCACCUUCCCCUUCCUAUUUGCUGUCAUGUUUGGUGACCUGGGCCAUGGGACACUUAUGACCUGUGCUGCUCUGUACCUUGUGUUGAGAGAGAGCAGGCUGAUGGCCCAGAAAAAUGAUAAUGAGAUAUUCAACAUGGUGUUUGCUGGGCGCUAUAUUAUCCUGCUGAUGGGAAUCUUCUCAAUGUACACCGGCAUCAUUUACAACGACUGCUUUUCAAAGUCCCUAAAUGUCUUUGGUUCUGGAUGGAGUGUUAGACCCAUGUUUGGUGAAAGAGGAGCCAACUGGUCGUUUGACACACUUACUAGCAACACAGCCUUGCAGUUGGACCCAGCCAUAGAUGGAGUAUUCAAUGGGCCAUACCCCAUCGGCAUCGAUCCAAUAUGGAGUAUAUCAAUUAACAAGCUGACGUUCUUGAACUCCUUCAAGAUGAAGAUGUCUGUUAUCCUGGGAGUCAUCCACAUGCUCUUUGGAGUCACUCUUAGUCUGUUCAAUCACCUGUAUUUCAAUAAGCCAAUGAAUAUCUACUUGGGAUUCAUCCCAGAGAUAGUCUUCAUGUCCAGUCUUUUUGGCUACCUUGCCAUUCUGAUCUUCUAUAAGUGGAUCUCUUAUGAUGCGCGCACCUCCAGGGAAGCUCCCAGUCUCCUCAUUGCCUUCAUUAACAUGUUCCUCUUCAACUACAAUGACCCCACUAACAAGCCUCUAUACAGAGGGCAGAUGGGCCUACAAUCAUUUUUGGUGGUAAUUGCCUUGGCAUGUGUCCCCUGUAUGUUAAUAGUAAAAACUUUGGUUCUGCGGAGACAGCAUUUGUGGCGGAAACAUAUGGGCACGCAAAACUUUGGGGGAAUCAGGGUGGGCAAUGGUCCCACUGAGGAUGAGGCUGAAAUCAUCCAGCAUGACCAGCUCUCACAGCAGUUUGAGGAGGAACCUGAGUCGAUAACCAAGCGUUGCCUUUUGUCACCUGCUUUCAAGGCGCGUGAGGAGGAAGAGUUUAACUUUGCGGAUGUGGCAGUGCAUCAGGCCAUUCACACCAUAGAGUACUGCCUGGGUUGUAUCUCCAACACCGCUUCCUAUCUGAGGCUGUGGGCCCUCAGUUUGGCUCAUGCACAGCUGUCAGAGGUGCUGUGGUCCAUGGUCAUGCGCAUUGGCCUUUCUUCUAAAAGCCUCGGAGGCUUUGUCCUUCUGGCCAUUGUCUUUUACUUCUUUGCUGUCCUCACAGUUGCCAUUCUUCUUAUUAUGGAAGGUCUGUCAGCCUUCUUGCAUGCACUGCGACUGCACUGGGUGGAGUUCCAAAACAAGUUUUAUGCAGGCCAGGGCUUCAAGUUCCUCCCCUUUACCUUCGAAAGCAUCCUGGAGGGAAGAUUUGAGGAAUGAAAUGUGCUUCAUCUUUUGAGAAUCUGUUUAGUGUUGUAGAGUGAUGUUUUUUCUGUCUUUUUGGAGUGAUUAAGUUUCCACCUAUUGCCAUGUCUCCAUGUAUAAUAUCAGGAUCAGUCACUGCAAUAUUAACAUUCAGUCAUUCCUGGAAAUAGCCUUGAUCAUAAUCUGUUGUUUUGUCCUAGAGAAGUUUUUUUAUCUGUUUUAUUUAGUUUAUUAUUUAUGCAAUCUUUUUUUCUUUAUACAACCUUUUUUUCUUUGUGAAUGUUGCACAACACAUAAUUAUAAAGCAGAACUUAACUAUGCAAAUUUCUUGGCUGAUGUUGACGAAUUUAAAAAGUCACAAGUGGUUUUCCCCUUAGUUUCUUGUGCGUGUUCUACAUAGUUGGAUGUUUGCUGCUCUUGCCACUUAAUUGUCGUCGUUUAGCAGUAGUCAGCGUCUUGCACAGUGCAGUUGAUCUCUUUAGUAAAUAAAGCAUAAACCCAGACUUUGCAUGUUGCAUACUCACCAUUUAUAAAGCUCCAAAGGGAAUGUGGCUUAAUUUACCCAUAUCUUUGAAAACAGACUGUAUGGUUAUGUGUUGUGCUCUAGAAUUUGCCACACCUGUUGUUUGUUUUUGAUUUUCUGUUGAUCUACAGAAAAGAAAAAAUAAGGGGAAUCUUUAAGUGGGCAAUUUGUGAAUGAAUUGUAGCAAUCCAGCAAACUUGAAAACAUGAUUUUUCUUCAGGUCUGAUUCCAUCACACACAGAAGAGGGUAACAGUUUACAACAGACAUGUUCAGCUUGUCUUUCAGAAAAGGUUGACCACACUCAUUAUACAUGCAUCUCUGAUAAUAAAAUGUAAUAAGCUG